AUGAACCGCUCAUUCUGUGACCAUGUAAUUUUUGUCUGGCCAUGGAAGGGUGUUCUGGUUAAUGUGCCUACUGAAUGGAAGAGUGGGCGCCACGUUGGAGAAAGUGGAUACCUCUUGAGGGAGCAGCUCUCGGAGUUUUGCCCCAAGAAGGUUAUACCUUUGUGGGACAGAAAAAGAGGCCAUACAGGGAGUGCCAUUGUUGAGUUUAAAAGCGAUUGGAGUGGUUUAAAAAAUGCAUUGGACUUUGAAAACCACUUCGAGGCACAAGGAUGUGGCGAAAAGCUCUGGAAGGAGAAGUACAAAGGGUCAGAGAUCUUUGGUUGGGUUGCGAGAGCCAAUGAUUUCAGAUCUCACGGGCCUAUUGGGGCCUAUGUGCGGAAGUACGGUGAUCUUAAAACCCUCGCUGACUGUAAGAAUGAUGAAGAGCGUAAAAGUCGCAAACUCGAAGCAAGUUUUGUUAUCCAAGUUGAGGUAAUGGGAAGACAUGUUCAAGACGUUGAAUGCAAGAACAAUGAAACAGCCGAAUUGCUUGGUAGAUUGGAGGCAGAUAUGAAGAAGCUCCAUUGGUCUCACGAUGAAGAAAUUCGUAAGAUCCAACAACGCGCUCGCAGAGAUAAACAGAAGAUCAUUGACGAGAAUCAAAAGCUCCGUUUAGAAUUGGAGGACAAGACUCGGGAGCUUGACUCAAAAUCUAGGCAGCUUGAUGAGCAAGCUGCACAAAGUGACUUUGACAAAAGAAUCCUUCAGCAAGAGAUGGAAAAGCAUGAAGUUGAAACAAAUCAUGUUACCAUGGGAAUAUUGGAGCACUUCAAGGUCCAUGAAAAUUUGGUGGAGCUUGCGGAAGAACACAAGAGGGAGGAUAAAAUCGCUCUAGACAAGGAGCUUGAGUUACAAAAGAUAAUGCUUGACAGGCAGGCCCUAGAGAUUGAAGUGAAACAGCUGCAGGGCCAACUGGAAGUAAUGAAGAUGAUGCCAGGUGAGGAAGACUCCAAGAAGAAAAUAUUAGAAGAUCUUCGUGCGAAGCUAGAAGAGAAGCGUGAGGAAAAGGUUCAGGAGGAUAUGAUUACCAGGCAAACAGAUCUCAACAAUGAGUUGCAGCCUGCUCGGAAGAAGCUAAUAAACGGUUUCCUGGAACCUACAUCUGGUUGAGCAAAUAUAGGCAUCAAAAGAAUUGGCAAGCUUGAUGUCAAAUCAUUUGUAAAUGCUUGCACAAAGAAGUUGUCGAAGGAGGAUGCAGAAUUUACUGCUGUCACUCUUUGUUCAAAGUGGGAGGCUGAGAUUGAAAAUAGGUCUGCCAUGGUUGACGGGAAAAGCACGUUAUCUCCGAGGACGAUGAGAUGCUCCGAGAACUAAAAGAAGAGUACGGCGAAGAAAUC